AGUUGUUUCCAUAAAAUAUGCUUGGCUCUUAACAAAAAGAUGUCAAAAUUAGAACGAUUAGGGUGGAAUUUUUCGAAUAACAGCAUUACAUGAAAUAAAACUGUUAAUUGUUAGGGAAUUAUCAAGAGCAGAGAAAUGUGGCCGGUAAAAUGCAAUAGAAAAAUAGCAAACAGAAAAAGAAUUAACAUAUCUAAGAACACGUUUUGCUAAAGACACGUUAACUUGCUUGUGGGAAAGCACCGACAAAAGAAGGAAUGAAAAAAAAAUCGCGUUUUUCUUUCAGAGAUGUUUACCCCAACUCACUACGCCUGGCUUCCCCACGCCCCACCCAACAUGCUGGUUUGAUAUUCGCUGGAUAAUGACUCCAAGAUACAUUUUCUGGAAAUCUUAAACAAUUUCGCAGAUAAACUGAAAAAAUCGAUAAAAAUGACAUCAAUUUUUACAAAAUUCAAGGUCACAAAACGCCGAUAAACCAAUCCAAGGCCAGUCAACGAGUAAACGGUCUUCGAAAACGUCAGAAGGCUUACGGAAAAGAUAUCGAUCAACCACCGUGGAUUCGAGAGUUUACUGUAACAGAAUUUCUAUGAUACAAAGGAAGGGUGGGUGCAGGGGAGUGGUAAACCAACGAUACAUCGCCUAGCUGUACCCUGAGGUUCGUGAAGCUCAGAGUGCGCUGACUGCUCUGUUGAGUGUUGCUGGUAGGCACUGCAAGUGCCAUCAUCACUUACUAAAACGACAUAAAUGUCCUUAAAACUAUACAUUGAAAUUGCUGUUAUAGCACGUUAGUGUUGAUGACAAUAUUACGGGACACAGGAUGCUUCUAAAGGUCAAUAAGUACACAAAAUUACCCUGUUAUCCGACGGUAACAAAGGUUAUGCCCGAACCGGAAGUAUGGGUGUUGAUCCGGAAAUACAAUUUUUUGCGCAUGCGUUGAAUAUGAAAUGGCGCUGAUCAAAACAAACCUCGGAACAAUGAAAACAUGCGUUGUAAUUUUUGAUUAAAGCAUCCAUUUUUGUGUCAAACGCAUGCCUAAGACAGUGUCAGAGAGACAGUGGUCAUGCUGGACCUCGAUGUUGUGCCAGAAAGAUCUCUAGGGAAUGAGCAAUGGGAGUUUAUUUUGGGACAACCAUUUUACCAGACAGUGAACAUACUAAAGAGACACGAUCGCAAUAUCAAGGGAGUUCAAGUAUGGUACAGCGACCAGGUUCCUCUGGAUAUGGACCUAGUGUUGAACCUAUCUCAAGAUGGAGUGAAGUUGAUCUAUGAUUCCUAUACACAGAGAUUAAAGAUAAUAGAAGUGUAUAACCUUAACAAGGUCAAACUUAAGUACUGUGGUGUCCACUUCAACACUCCUCACAUCCAGCCCACAAUAGCCCAGAUAGACCAGUCCUUUGGCGCCACACAUCCAGGAGUUUAUGACUCAGAACGGCAGGUAUUUGUAUUAAACUUCCGAGGGCUCUCAUUUACAUUCCCGAUUGAGUCAAAACUUGAGCCCAGAUAUGCACACGGGCUGGGGUCACUUCAGUUUCCAAAUGGGGCCUCACCAACUGUGUCUAAAAUGUGUAUAUUUAGUGGAAAUAGUCUAGCCAAUACAGGAGCUCCACUGCUCCCUAUCCAGAGUUUCUAUGGAAAUUGCUACCUGGAAAGUUUAGAGGUGCUACGUGAGAACCACACUACCAAAGAAGUUCGCUUUCACUUGGUCACAGAAGGCACGGGGCCAGGAUCGUUGUCAGAGAUGAGAAGAAAAACUUUUGAAAGGCGAGUGAGAUUUGGAGAUUCCUCUGAGGAUGUGACAAGUGCCUUAGGAAGCCCCAGUAAAAUGUUCUACAAGGCAGAGGAUAAGAUGAGAAUUCACUCACCAGAAGCUCACAGACUUGUUAGAUCUCGUAGCUCAGAUUAUUUCUAUAACUAUGUCACCUUAGGUGUGGAUAUACUGUUUGAUGCUAAUACUCAUAAGGUGAAGAAAUUUGUGCUACAUACCAAUUAUCCUGGACAUUAUAAUUUCAACAUGUAUAGUAGGUGUGAUUUUAGAAUAUCCCUCUCUGUACCCAGGGAUCCCUCAGAGCAGCCGCUGGUAGCAGUGGGGGAUCCUCAGAUGGUCAUUACUGCUUACACCAAGUGGGAUGAGGUGGAGAGGUUUCUAGCAAAGCCUAUGGAGAAACCAGUGGUGCUGAACAGAGCCUCCAGCACCAAUACUACCAACCCAUUUGGGUCCACUUUCUGUUAUGGGGUACAGGACAUGAUAUAUGAGGUGAUGCAGAACAACCAUAUAGCAUCAGUGACAUUAUAUCAACCCUCAGGAGCUCAAACCUUGUCUUCUUCUUGACACAGCGCAGGGCAACGAGGGUCUCUUGACUAUGGCAGGGACAAACAGAUGGUUGAGUCACAAUAGGGAGCAUUGAGUCACAUUGGAAACCUGGAAAUGAGAGUGUGACGAGACGUAGUCACAAAAGCACGAGUUUUUACGAGUGGAGUGGAGUUUCUUUGAUAAUGAGAAACCAAAAAUGAGGCAGACAUUGGAUUUUUUUACUUAUUGACGGCCAUAUUGAAUUUUUAAACGUAGGUCAACAUUGAGAAGAAUUUUAAUACAUCGGUUGGAAAGCAGUCAUGUACAGAAGAAGACAGAUGGGGGCCUUAAAUUAGGACUGAUGGGAUUUUGAAUUGAUAUCAUGAUAGAAAACAUGCCAGCAAUUGCAGAUAUUUAUCAACCAUGUGCAGAGAUGGACCAGACCUCAGACUGAGAACUGUUGUGUAGAUGAAUAAUGCAAGGAGAACAAGUGUGUGUGACAGGAACACAGACCAUUCCCUUAUCCCUGCUUUGGAACUGUUCCUCUUAUCUACAUGUAGAGAUGUAAAAUAUGUGCACGUGACAUCUAUGGUGAAUUUAUGACUGUAUAUAUAUAUUAUUAUGAAUAUCUAAGGAUAGGUGAAUUUCUAAGGGACUGCAGUAUGCCUUGAUUUCUAUGGAAAAAUCUUUUCUCAGGAAACAUAUUUUUCUCUUAACACAAAGUUGUUGUCUUGGCAACUUGAAGUAGAUAUGAUGGGGAUGGGAAGGCAGGAAGAUGAGAAUUGUUUUGGAUCUCCACAGUCAAACCAUUGGGCUAAUUUCCUACAAUGAACAGUAUUGUCUUGUCCUAAUGUAAAAAAAUCCUUCUGGGGAGGUAUUUUUCAGAAAUCUGCGGUCUCAAAUUUUUAGGAAUAUUUAUGGGCAUUUCUUUAUAAGUCAACAUCUUACAUUGAAUGAUCAGACAAAUGCAAACUAGGUUACCCAAUGGUUUACAGCAGUGAAUUUUGGCAGAUCUAGAACAAUUUUUAUUAUAUUCACCUGAAGGGGAGGGGGUGGAAGAGGGGGAGGAAGCAAUAUUCUGUCUUAUUACUGAACAUGCAUGCAGAAAGAAAAAAACCUAGGGUGCAGAGGACCCCCCCCCCCCCCUUUAUGGGUCUGUCUUAAAGUUUGUAACUGACUAAUAUUUAAGGCCCUAUUCACAUAGUGCUUUACACUUUACUGUUUCACACCAUUUUGGCUGGGGGUAACAUAUACUUACACAAUCAAAAUUAAUCUGUUUAACUGGCUGUGUCAAGUGCCUGGGCUCCCUUAGAGUGCACUCAGAACAAGUUGAUCCGCAGACUAGAUGUGGCCGACUCACUUAAAAACAAUACUGCUUAUUUCCUGAUGGUCUCCCUUCCCCUACAGGUGCCAUUAUAUGGAUUAAAUUGUCGCUCCGAGGUUUAAUUGCUUGGCCCCUGCAGCGACAGGACAGGUGGAGGCAGGGAGAACAUCAGGGAAUUAAUUGGUGCUGCUUUUAAAUGAGUCAGCCAUAUUUAGUCAGUGGAUCAGUUAGUCCUCGAAUCAUCUGUUCAGAAUGCUUCUUAGAUGACUAUAUUGCAUAAUAGCCAGGCUCUUAAGUUGUCAGUCACAAUGAUGUUAAACAGCAAAUUGUACUGCAUGGAAGUGAAAAGGGCCUGAAGAUAAUUAUGAUUCAAAUACACUGUAACUAAGUAACACUACAGCACUUUAAGACCAUAUCCUGGUCUCUUUGCUCAUAUGACCCUCUUACAUGGCGUAACAUGUCUUUUGGCUGUGAUGUAUUUUAACGUAGCUAGAAAUCUUGCCUUUCAUGAGGUUCACCAAAUUCAUGAAAUAUGUGAAAUUCCUAUAAACUUUUUUUUGUUAUUAAUCACAAUGUAUUGAAAUAUUUUAUAAAUAUCCAAGUCACUAGUCCAUGGUUCAUUUUUUUUCUUUCUUUCUUUUUUUUAGUUUGAUCUCAUGCAAACAAUGCAGCAUCAGUUGUUAAAGGUUUUAUCUUGUUUACUCAAAUGUUUGUUUUAUGGUAUGAAUAGUUAUGGAAAGCUUACAGUCUAGUGAAUACUUUGUAUCAUAUGGCAGAUAAAUAGCAGACCUUUUUGUGCUAAAAAUCUUAAGUCAGAAAUCUACUAUUCCAGCUUUUGGUAUCCACAUAUUAAUCCUCAUAAAUAUGUAUAUUAUAUAUAAUAUUAUUAUAUGGUAUAUUAGUGGCAGAACAAGAUAAUGACAAUACAGAAAUUUAUAUGAGAUGGUUUGUUAAGAAAUUGGUGGGGUGGGUAGGAAUUUAUAUAAUACUUUUUCCACACUGUAUUUCUUCCUUGUAAAAGCCAGACUCUUUAGUUAACAAAGUCAUUUGGAUCAGAUUUAAAAAGAAAAAGAAAUUUUUCAGUUUAUGUUAUCUCAUUUAGUAACAUUGUAAAACAAAUAUUGGAACUCUGUGUAUUAUGUUAAUUUUUUGAAGUUGAUAGAUUGUGAUUAGUCACUUUCCAGUUACUUAGGGAUUUCUACGCUUUUUUUAACAAAAUUUAGUGUUCAUUCCCAUUUAAACUAACAGUCUACAUAGAUCGAUCUAACUCCAUGGGGACUCUCGCUGAAUGCAAUCAGUUUAACAAAUUAACAUGCCAUGUAUUUAGUUCAAUGUCAUUUUUCAUACUGUAAAGCUAACUGAAACUCAAAUUUAACUGACUUAAAAAGACCAAUCUACAGGAUUAUUUCUAUGUAAUGUUAGUGCAUAAUUUUAUUUAUUUACAUUUGUUCAAUACAAGUUGAUUAAAUCAGAUUUAGUUGCAACUGUUAUCAAAAUGAUAACCAUAUUAUCUAUGCAUUUUUCCCCCGUUUUUUGUAUACAUCCAUGUAUAUAUAUCUGUGGUUGUUCGUUGUGCCAGAAGUUGGGUUUUGAGAGAUAUAUAUAUACAUAAUACCAGGACCUUGAGAAAACAGCCUCUACGAGCACAUUCAGAACAGUGAACUAAUAGAUUUGCAGAUCAGAUAUGGCGACCCACUAAAAAGCUUGUUGCUUAAUUCCCAAUAAGACUAAAUAGAUUCCCCACGGGAAUCAUGCAACAAGCAUACAAGUGAAUUGGUCAUAUUUGAUCCGUGGAUCUGUUAGUCCGCUGUUCUGAAAGUGCUCUAUAUCUCCAUUUGGAUCUUUUUGCUCUGCUUCCAGAGCCGAGAUUGAUCGUUUGUUAAAACUGAUUUGGUCAGAUGACUGUCUUUUUUUGGAGUUUUUUCCAGUUGCAUCAUUAUGAGCUGUAAACAUAUCAAUUCUGAAUUAUUUAAGGAUGAUAUGCUGUCUGCAUGCCCAGAAUAAUCUUAAACCAAAAAUUGACUUUAAUUGAAUUAUUUUGUGCAGCAAUUUAGGUGAUAACAGGCACCAUACAGUAUAAUCCUCUCAGAGCACAAGGAGGGCAGGUACCUCCAGACAAGUUUUUUUUUUCUUGAAGGGGGGGGGGGGGUUAAAUUUAAGUUGCCAAAUUUUAUUAUUCUGAUAUGAAUGUGCACUUAUUUCACCAUAGUACAUGCCCCAUAGUUAUGCUGCAGCUUAAAAGCUUUCUUGAAGAGUGUGAAAAUGUUCUUAAAAGAAGUGUUUGCAUUUACAAAGGUAUAGGUCAGUAAUUCUAAAUUUAGGAGUGAUUGAGAUGUUUUGAACUUAACACUUUUAAAAGGUCAGUUUUACCCAGUGUUAAGAAGUCUUUCCAUACCAAGAGUAUUUUAGAUAGGAAAAUUGUCAAAAAAAAUCUCUUCAAAGAACCUUGCAAAUAGAAAGAAUCCAAAAGCAUGAGAUUUUGAGUCUAAAUGUGUUUUGAUCUUGAGCAUAGAUCAAACUGCUGUAAGGUGUUUCCAUGCAUCUCCUGCCUUGGACUGGGUUGCAUUUAAUUACACAGAUAGUCAUUGUACAGCAUUUCUUCCAAAUUUUAAAGAAAAGAAAAAAUAACUUGUCAGCAGACAUUAUUGUUAAUUAUACAAUUUCAAUUUGUUUAAAAUGGUUUGACUAUGUUUUUCAUUUUUUUAUUGUCAGACAACUAAUAAGAUGACUGUAAUGGAUGAUGGGUAUUUAUUUAUCGUAGAAGGUCAGGAGAGUGGUGGGUUUGUAUUGCCCUUUCUAUUUCACCCAAGGUGCAGGAUGAAUGAAAUUCUACUUGUAUAUAAUGAAGUGGAAUUGUACAGUAUUCAUGUUUUGAAGUUAUAAAGACAAACUGAUAAGGAACAAAGUUGUGCUUUGUACUGGAAUUCAUAUGGUAAUACAGAUAUCACAUCACUAUGUAGUUGUAUUUCAUUUGAAAAAAAUAAAUAAAUAUUGACUGUUCAUAAAA